CUCACACCAAAACACCAGAAGCAAUUACCAUGACCCGAACAUGGAGCCGUUUGCAGGAUUAGCAGGAUAUACGAGAACACGACAUUAUUAUGGCGCAACCACUGCAGCUGCUGACGGCCAACCGCUAGAUGAUGGCGUGGGCGACUUGGCAGCGGCACCAUAUGCAAAUUAUGAACCAAAAGCCGUCAGUGCUCUUAGUGGCGGCACAGCCACCGGCUUUGUGCCAACGACCGCGCUACAGAGCUACAACAACAACAGAUUGCAUUCGGAGUACGAUGCUCGGCAUCAGGGCAAAAUCGAUUUUGUCAUUAAUACGGCAAAUUAUGAGCUCGAUGCCAAUGAAGAGCAGCCCGACUAUCAAAGCUAUUCAUAUCAGCCACGGGCGCCAGUGUCGCCUCUACGCGAUUAUCAUAUUGAGCAAUUUUCCAAUUAUCGCCAUCCGGCUGUAGGCCGAGAGCAGGAAAGGGUGGCUCUGCACCAACGACAAGUCAGCGACGAUAGCACGUUUGCUUAUGGCACUAGUAGGCAGCGCCCCGAAUUCGACUUGCCUGUCAAGCGACAACAACGGGAGCCCACCCAACAUUACCGGGCGGAACCACAGCCGCAACAAGAGGAUCAGCAACUGCUUUACUCUCAGGCACAGGGUCGCAUUGCCGAUCUUCCGGACAGUGGUAGUACUCGUAACUCGUUGCCUCCUAUCACAACAAGUGUUCAUCAUACCGCAUCGAGCAGCAAAGCGAUCGCCGGAUUUCCACUUUCGAAGCAUAUUGAGAUCACCAAGCACGUACCAAUAGCUCACUAUCAAAAACAACACGUGCCCUACAGGCAGCCGGUUCAGAUACGCGUUUCCCGACCUGUUAUCGCGGCCAUCCCGAAGCCAAUUCCUAUCAAGAUACCCGUCUCGAAGACAGUGGCCGUGCCUCAACUUCAGGAAGUCAAAAUACCAUUGGAGAAAGUUAAGCCAGUGGCUGUAGAGCGACCGAUUCCAUUUGUCGUGGAGCGGCGGGUACCCUACCGAGUGGAAAAGCCAAUAGCUACUCCCGUCUACUAUCCGUAUCCAGUUAAAGUGCCUAUUGUACGGACAGUGGUGCACAAACAAAAUCCUCAAUACGCAAUACCCACACAGGGACUAGGAACAUACGGAGGAUGGAAUUCUGGUAAUCAUCUACUGGGAUAAACAGUAUCUACAAAUCAAACAAAAUGAUAUUUAUAUAAUUUCAGUUUUUAUUUUAUAUACCUACUAGCCAUAA